ACCCUACCUGAACAGUGGGUCUUUGAUGCUCAGGUCCUCCACUUUUCACCAAGAGGAAAGCGGACAUUCUGCCCCUGCUUCCCGAGCUGUGGUCUCGGGACGUCGGGGAGAAGUUAGCGGGAGGAGGGGUCCGGGGUUUGGGUUGUUUCGGAGGUAGUGUUUUCCUAAUCUUGAAAAUGACAGUCCAGUUCACGUCAUGCCCCGAGUCAUGCCUCUUGUCUCUGGCACUGAGUAUGUCAGUUAAGUAACCGCAAUCUAACUGGCUGCUAUCGGUGACGCUAAAGGCCAAGUUUCUCUGUCACCUGCCUUACAGGGUGUCAAGUGUUUGAGGAUAAGAGUGCCUGGUUUAGGUAAAGGAUCAAACUGUAGAAAUCGUGCCUGCUUUUAAGCUUUACUUCAUACCUUUGAUUAUGCUUUCAGCGUCUGUGGGAAGCUGUUGCUGAAGCGCUGUAAGAGAGUGGCGGAGUUGAUGGAGAAGCCUACUAGUGAUGGAAGUCAUUCAGAGGGCCUGUUGUCCUACCUCUUACAGGAGAGAGGACCUGACCUACUAUGUGCCCCUGAGAAGCACCGCAGCAGGUUCAAGGGAGACGUACCAAGUACUUGCUCAAGUACCAAGACGGAGUUGGAAGCAGCGCUUAGGGAAGCUGAAUUGGCAUCCUGUUCAGUAGAGUUACUUUUGCCAUUGCUUAAGAACACUGUGGAAGGAAUUGGUUUAGAACAUGCUAAUCUUUCUGCAUCCAAUUUGAAGAAGAUUUUUGAACAGAAGGACAUAUUAUCAAAAGAAUUAGACACUUUUAACCGUGUGAAAUUAGCCUUAGAACAUCUUAUUAAACAGACAGACUAUGAACAAACAGGACCCCGCCCACCCUGCUUGUUGAAGGAUCUCAGUGACAGUGACAGUGAGAACAGAGACCUCAAGAAGAAGGUACUUGAAAAGGAGACCUAUAUCCAAGAACUUUCAUGUCUCUUUCAUAAUGAAAAGGAAAGUGCUUUGAAAGCAAACCGGUUUUCUCAGUCUGUCAAGGUAGUACACGAUCGCCUACAGCUCCAAAUUCAGAAGAGGGAAGUGGAGAAUGAAAGGUUAAAAGAACACAUACAGAGCCUGGAAACCCAAAUAGCCAAGUGGAACCUGCAGGUGAGAAUGAAUAAGCAAGAGGCUGCGGCCGUCAAAGAAGCCAGCAGGCAGAAGGCUGGAGCUCUGAGAAAAGCGUCCAAAGUGUACAGACAGAGGCUGAGACACUUUACAGGGGACAUCGAGCAGCUCACGUCCCAAAUCAGAGAUCAGGAAGCCAAGUUGUCUGAAGCAGUCUCAGCUUCCAAUGACUGGAAAAGUCGUUAUGAGAAAAUCGCAAUAGAAAAAACUGAACUGGAAGUUCAGAUCGAAACAAUGAAGAAGCAAAUCUCUCAUCUUCUGGAAGACUUGAGGAAAAUGGAAACUCAUGGGAAAAAUUCAUGUGAAGAAAUUCUUAGAAAACUUCACUCACUGGAAGAUGAAAAUGAAGCCUUAAAUAUUGAGAAUGUGAAAUUAAAGAGUACACUUGAUGCCUUGAAGGAUGAAGUUGCUUCUGUUGAAAAUGAACUUGUAGAACUUCAAGAAGUAGAAAAACGACAGAAAGCCCUCGUUGAAGGAUACAGAACUCAGGUACAAAAGUUGGAAGAAGCAGCCGCAAUGGUGAAAAGCAGAUGUAAAAAUUUACUCCAUGAAAAUAAACUAAUAAUAAGUAAAAAAAACACAAAGCUAGAGAAGGUUGAUGGAAACCAUAGCCUUCUGACCAAGCUUUCUCUUGAGGAGGAAAAUCAUCUGAUUCAGUUAAAGUGUGAGAACCUUAAAGAAAAAUUAGAACAGAUGGAUGCGGAGAAUAAAGAGCUUGAAAGGAAGCUGGCCGACCAAGAGGAGUUUCUCAAGCACAGUGACCUGGAGCUGAGAGAGAAGGCUGCAGAAUGCACAGCACUGUCCAGGCAACUGGAAGCUGCCCUGGAAGAAGGGAGACAAAAGGUUUCUGAAGAAGUAGAGAAAAUGUCGUCUAGAGAGAGGUUUUUACAAAUGAAAAUAUCAGAUCUGGAAACCGAGCUUAGAAAGAAAAAUGAAGAACAAAACCAACUUGUUGGCAACAUGAGCACUAAAGCCCAGCAUCAGGAUAUAUGCUUGAAGGAAAUACAGCACAGCCUUGAGAAGUCGGAGACUCAAAAUGAGAGCAUUAAGAAUUACUUGCAGUUUCUUCAAAUUUCCUACGUAACAAUGUUUAGAUAAAUUGUCGAAUUCUGCUGAUUGAUAAACUUUAUGAUUUACAGGUUAGCAGUAUUAGAAUUUGUAUGUGAAGAUACUUGGACAUAAUUUAUUAUCUAAAUGAACUUUAAGAA